UUGUUGCAAAACCUUUGAAAUAUCUUUCAAAAUUAUAUAAUUAACAGGGAUAAUAAACGGAUUAUACAAUAAGAACGCGUUAGGGUUUGUUUUUCAUUUUGUUUAAUUGUGCCGAAAGAGUUUUUCUAUCAACCUUACAGUACAACGAGUUACAUAACAAUGAAGCAAGCCGUGGGUAGAUUCUCUGUGGCUGACUACAUCGUAUUUUCCGCCACCCUCCUGAUCUCCGCGGCCAUUGGAAUAUUCUACGCCAUCAAGGGCCAGACCAGCACCAAACAGUUCCUGAUGGCAGACAGGAGCAUGAAGUAUCUGCCCAUCGCCCUGUCCGUUCUGGCAUCGUUUUUCUCCGCCUCAACGCUGCUGGGCACGCCGGCAGAGAUUUAUCAGUAUGGGACGAUGUACUGGAUUUCAACAUUCGGCGCCAUCUUGGCGCCCUUAUCCGGCGCGUUGCUGUUUGGUCCCAUGUUCUUCAAGAUCAAGGUCGUCAGUGUUUUUCAGUAUCUAGAGCUACGGUUUAAGUCAAAAGCUGUGAGACUGUUUGGUGCAUUUCUCUAUAUCCUAAGAGCGACCAUUGCUUUGGGAAUUUUUCUCUUCGGUCCUUCCACGGCGCUAAGUGCAGUGACCGAGUUUCCCACCUGGGCUGUGAUUGUCGUGGUUGGAGUCGUCUGCACAUUUUACACGAGCAUCGGCGGGUUGAAGGCCGUCAUCUGGACAGACGUGUUCCAAACCCUGGUCAUGUUGGCGGGGAUGGUGGCGGUGCUUAUUAAGGGUUUUCUUGUGUCCGGUGGAGGCUCCCAGGUUUGGGACAUCAACUAUGAAGGCAAGAGGAUCGAGUUCUUCAAUUUCGAUAUCGACCCCAGGGUCCGACACACUUUUUGGUCAAUGAUUAUUGCCAUCGUCAUAGUGUGGCUUCCACCCUAUGCCAUAGAUCAACAGAUGGUGCAACGGUUUUCUUCUGCUAAAUCUUUAACGGAUGCCAAAAUUGCUCUCCUCCUGAACAUCCCCGGAAUGAUCAUCAUGAUAACGCUGUGCAGUAUGACCGGUCAGGUUUUGUUCUCCUACUACGCUAACUGUGACCCAAUUAAACUUGGCCAGAUAAAUAAUGCGAAUCAGCUGCUUCCAUAUUUUGUGAUGGACGUAUUCAGCAAUACGCCAGGCUUUCCUGGCCUUUUUGUGUCAAGUAUAUUCAGUGGCGCGUUAAGUUCUAUAUCCUCUGCCCUCAACUCUAUGGCUGCUGUCACGUGGGAAGAUUUUUUAAAACCCUGUUUGAAGAAUGUUAAGGACGAGAAAGCUACACAAAUUACCAAAUGUCUGGCUGCCGCAUACGGGGCUCUUGGCAUAGGAGUCGCUUUCUUGGUGAAGGAGUUGGGUGGCACAGUUUUACAGGCUUCGUUGUCGUUAAAUGGGGCCACUGGGGCACCCCUGAUUGGUCUCUUUGUUCUUGGAUCUUGUUUCACAAGCACUAACUGGGUCGGCGCAAUUGUAGGUGGCGCUUUUGGGCUGGGUUUCUCCCUUUGGUUUAGUGUGGGGACGUAUAUCGUUAAGCCAAUCAACUUCAAGCUACCAGUGACGACAGCAGGGUGUAACCUAACCGGAAACACGUCAGAAUCGUUCUCGUUUUCAGACACAUUUGAUUACACAAAUUGGACGCGGCCAAGUACCGACAGUUUGACAGGUAUAGAUAAUCUCUAUGGGUUGUCUUAUCUUUGGUUUCCGUUUCUUGGUACAGUUUCAUGCGUGGUUAUCGGACUUGUCGUAAGCUACGUCACAGGUGCUACAAAACAAGUGGAUGUAGAUCCAUCACUACAGCUAAGAUUUUUCCACAAGUUGGCAACUCUAUUCGGAUCGUUAUCUCUAUUGGUUAAACCCGGUGAUGGUGAUAGUGGGAAAUCAAAAACUGGGAAGAAACGGAACACGCACAAGAGAGCUGGACCCACUGCCUUUUCAGCUAUUGUUGAAGCUUAGAUAAAUUAAACCACACAUCGAGAAAAAAAAAAUGGAAUACCGGGGAUCGAACCCGGGGCCUUUCAUAUUCAAAGCGAACGCUCUACCACUGAGCAACAUCCCCUAAUGAGUUGUGACGCGUUACUUUGUGUAAGACAAUAGCAACUUAAAAUAUUUCAGUAUUUAAUAUCUGUUUUAAUGUUUUGACGAGCGACAGCCUAGCAUGCAAAACACAAUACGGCCUUUUCAGCUAUUGUUGAAGCUUAGAUAAAUUAAACCACACAUGUUAAAAUACAAAAAGAUGUAUAUUUUAUAUAAAAUGCAC